AUGAUGAGCGCUUUUGAGAAAUACCACCGUAGCUAUUACAACUACAACAGCUACCAACCUGCCCAACCUGCUCCUCAGAGUGAAGCCCCGCCCAAGCGAAAGAUGGAGGAAGACACCGAGGAGGUUGCCAGCUUUUUGCUUUCACUGAAACACCGCAGCGUGACGCCAGAACCCUCUGCAACGGCCUCUGUCGAGCCUUAUUAUCAGCACUACUCGCCUCAGCCCGUUGCCAGCUUUGCUCCCCUGGAACAACCCGCUCAAAAAGCUGUAGAUAAGACUCCUCCAGCCUUGAUGAUGGAAGACGCUAUUGCCAUGGGGGGAGAUAUUCCAGUGGAGGGCCUCCUUGGCGACAGCAAGUUGGUGCUCACCAAAGACCGAGACUUGGUUCCAGACGCUCUGUUUGUGGCCAUGGCUCAGAUGCGACCCUGCAAGUUGACUCAAGCCGACCGCGUGGGCUGCUACAAGAGCCGGGAAGUUGGUUUUGUGGGCAUGUGCUGCAUUCAUUGUUCCGGACAGCCCGGCUUUGGUCGCUAUUAUCCCAAUUCCGUGCGAAGUCUAGCCCAAACCACCACCAGUCAAACCAUCCUCAAGCAUGUGGGAAACAAAUGCCGAUUCUGCCCACCUCACAUUCGCCAAGCCGUCAAUGAACUCCAGCGUCAGCAAGCUGCUCGGGAAGGCAUGUCCACGGGACGUCCUCGCUACGGUUCGCGAAAAAUCUUUUUCCAACGUGUUUGGGCUCGAUUGCACGGUGGACCCAUGAUGGAAGAAGAUGACGCCUCGUCCAACCAGACACCCAGUGACUUGGAGAGCGAGAUUCAGAGCCGCCAAAGCUCUCCGGCUACCUCGGACGAUGAGUCCAGUCUCCAGCAUCUACCUAAGUCGGUCAAGCGGAAGUUUGGGGCACUUCCUACCCAGAAAAAUCUCAAGCGAUCCUUGGCGGCUGCUGCUGACGAGGACGAGAAUUCCGCCUCCAAGCGGCCUCGUUUUCUCACCAACUAA